UUUUUUUUCACUCUUUGUUUUUUUUUCAAUCUUUUUUUUUUUUUUUUUUAACUACCUUUGACAACCACCAUGGUCAACUUUUUCCGCAAGAAGGAGGACAGCGGGCCUCCUGCGCCGCUUGCGUCGACGCUGAGCGGCAGCCACGGCAACCCGCAAUCGCCGGGCUCGAGCUCGUCCGGGUCGUCCGUGGGCAGCAACGGCAGCAGCAACCAGCGGCAGACCUUCGCAGGCACCUCGUCCUUCACCCUGCCCCAGCAGCAGCCGACGCCGCCGCUGGACGCCCGGGGCUCGCUCGGCGCUCUUCCAGGCAUCAAGCAGCCCAUCCGCCCCAGCGAUGCGGGAACACCACCACCCACGAUGCCCCGAUCAGGCGUCUCGGUUGCCGGCCAACCGCCUGUCGCCGCGCGCCCGGCAGCACCACCCGCGUCAGACCUGUACAUCGAUCCCAACGAAGACCAGGACAACUACAUUGCACCGCCAAGAGAAGCACUGCUCAAACGCUCGCCAAAUUACCCACAGCAGCACGCGCCACCAGCCUUCCCAUCGCGAGGCGGUCCCCCUCCUCAGACGGUGCCCCAAGCACAGCGCCCAGCAGUAGCAGCAGCUGGAGGCGCAGCGUCGUCCGAUUACGACGACCCGUGGGACUCGACAGCCCCCGCGAACGACCUGUACGAUGCACCCGACGACGACCAGCGCGCCAAGCUUCGCAACUCGGCGGCGGUGGCGCGCAAAGCGCAACCUGCAGCUCUCCCGUCGCAGCCUGCUGCUGCUGCUGCUGCUGCUCGUCCGGGCGGCGACGAUUACGACGACCCUUGGGAUGCAGCCGCGCCUGCCGUGCCAGUACGCGGUGGCGUUAUCGGCACGCAGCCACUCCCGCCUCACUCGGCGGCCUCUGCCAACAAGGGGCCCAAGCCACCCAAGCCCAGCAAAGCCGCUACGACCGAGUCCAGCUCCGACUAUGACGACCCGUGGGAUGCGCAAACCCCUGCCCAACCACAUGCGCCGGCACCCGUCGCCGCGCGUGCCGCCCCUACAACCGCAGCCAACUCUGAUUACGACGACCCGUGGGACGCCCAACCGACACUCAAUCUUGGCCGCGGAAACCCCGCCCCAGUGCCUUCGCACGCUGCAGCUCCCCGACAAGCAGCACAGGCUCCUGCGCCCGCCGCUGCCAAUUCAGACUAUGACGACCCCUGGGACGCCCAACCACAGCCUCAGCAGCCGCAGCAGCCGUCGGCGGUCGUCCGAGGCCCCGUACCCGCCCCUCCGCGCUCGUUCGUCCCUGCAGCCGCCGGUGCCGGAGGUAUUCGGCGACCCUCCCCGGGCCCGCAAUCGCCAGUGUCCACGCCAGUUGCCCCACGAGGCGGCCCUUCCCCAACCGCCCAACAACCACCCCGCUUCCCUGCCGCCCCAACGCCAGCAAACCCAUCAGACAACUACAUUCAGGAUUUCAACGAGCCUCCGCCCCGAGUUCCCCAAAACCAAGGGCGGCCUGCUGCCAACCCCCCGCCACCAAUCACCACCCGACCCAGUACCGUCGGGCGUGCGGGAGCGGCUGCGCUUGCGGCUGCCGCCGCCACACAAGCCCCUCCGCCCCUUCCUGCUGGCGGCCCGCCCGGAACUGUUGGCCGCUCGGGCAUGCCCGGUUCCGUUGGUCGGGCUGGCUCGCAGAAUUUCGCUCCUCCAGUCCCCGUCUCAUCGCGCCCCUCUCUCCCAACCUUCAACAACGCACCAGGCCCCCAGGACUCGCUCGAGUCGCAGUUGUGGUUCCAUGGCGCCAUCAAUCGAAAUCAGGCACAUUCACUCUUGAUCAGCCGUCCCGAUGGCAGCUUCCUUGUGCGCGCCAGCGAGAGCAAAUCCAACGAAUGCUCAUUGUCCAUCAAGAAUGGAGCGGAUGUUAUUCAUAUGCGCAUCAAGCCGCGACCAGACAACACGUAUAUUCUUGGCGAGCACAGCAAGCCUUUCGACACUGUGCCGCUAAUGAUUGCGCACUACUCGCAGCACCGACUGAACAUUAAGGGCGCAGAACAUAUUGUGCUGAACAACCCAGUCCUUGUUUGAACACGCACAGCAAUGAAAGCAAAGCAAAACAAAAAAAAUGACGUCGUUAUUGUUGGUUGGUGGUUCUUGUUGUUGUUGUUUGUUUGUUCGAUUAGAUUGGUACGUUGUGUUUGUUUUCGCUUUUUCGUUUCGUUUGGCGGGGGGACGCUGGGGUGCUACAAUGACCAAG